GCAAGUGUGCAGGAUGAAGGCUGCUGAGAGCGAGGUCUCGGAUGUGCACUUCAGUGUAGAUAAACAGAACAUCUCUCUCUGGCCCCGAGAGCCUCCUCCCAAGACGGAUCCAUCUCUGGUUCUGAGGAAAUCUCUCACAGUCCGGGCUGCAGUCAUCAUCCUGACGCUGGGCCUGGCUGCUUCCAUCCUGCUGCAGGCUGUUCUCUAUCCCUGGUUUAUGCGUACAAUAUCAAAUGUAAAGAACAAUGCUCAGUUGCUGAAAGGCCGUGUGGACAACAUCAGCGCUCUGGGCUCUGAGAUUAAGAGGAAUAGAGGAGGCGUGGAGGCAACCGGCAUUCAGGUCCAGAAGGUGAAUGCCAGCCUGGAUCAUGUGCGUUCUCAGAUCUGGAAGUUGGAAACUGGUGUGAAGGAAGCCAAUGCACAGAUACAGAUGUUAACAAGAAGUUGGGAGGCGGUCAAUGACUUAAAUGCCCAAAUUCCAGAGUUAAAAAGAAAUUUGGAUAAAGCCAGUUCUUUAAAUGCAAAGGUCCAGGGACUCCAGACCAGUUUGGAGAAUAUCAGCAAGGUGCUCAAACAGCAAAAUGACAUUCUGCAGAUGGUUUCUCAAGGCUGGAAGUACUUCAAGGGGAACUUUUAUUACUUUUCUCAAGUCCCAAAGACCUGGUACAGUGCCCAGCAGUUCUGUGUGUCCAGGGAUUCACACCUGACCUCAGUGGCCUCGGAGAGUGAACAGGAGUUUCUGUACAAGAUGGCAGGUGGACUUUUCUACUGGAUCGGCCUGACCAAAGCCGGGAGUGAGGGGGACUGGUACUGGGUAGACGAUACUCCAUUUAACAAGGUCCAGAGUGCAAGGUUCUGGAUUCCAGGUGAGCCCAAUAAUUUUGGGAACAAUGAACACUGUGCCAAUAUAAAGAUGUCCUCGCUUCAGUCAUGGAAUGAUGCCUCCUGUGACAAUAAGCUCCUUUUCAUCUGUAAACGGCCCUACAUACCAUCAGAACCAUGACGGGCCUGGUCCCAAGCUCGCACGUUGAGCUCCAAUGCUUGUUGAACUAGAGAAGCUGCCUCUCUUUCUUCCAUAUUCCGGGAUGGCUUUGCACCUUCACUUUUCUGGCUUCAAAAUUGUCCCAGAGGCAUCCUGGAGUUCAUCUGCUUUGGCUGGGAAUUCUCUGACCCCAUAGAGGCAGCUGGAGUGGAAGGGAGAUCUUGGAAAAGGAGAGGGGGGCGGAGAGGAUUUAGAAGUUCAAAUUGCCUCAGGAAGGUGAUCAGAAACUUGCGGUUCCCUUUCCCUUCAGAGAAGCCUCAGUUUUAUCACAUGAAAGUUGCUUCAGACCACCCAAGCGGUUCUCCUGAUACCGAUGUUCAGGGCUUUUCCAAUUGAUCCCCCAGAAUUCCCAUUUGCCUGCUUAGGGGGCCGUGUUCUCAGUGGGAAGAGCUCGGCUCUUAGAGACCCCGUCUAGGCCCUGUUCCCAUUGCUCUCCAUCCACAUCCCCUGAGGUCUAAGCCCCUUCUUCUCUGAGAUGGGGGCAACUGGUUCAGCUCGGGGGCUGACACGGCAAUGAGUCUCUGUUAGAGCUGGACCAGCAUCCACGCUCCUUCUUGCUCCCCUUUGCUCGGCAAACUCCGAGGCCCAGCUCUGUUUUCUACAGUCCUCUGCCCAGCCCCCCUGUUUCACCUCCUGCACAUCCUCUUUCAUCUGCAUUUCCUCUCUUCCCUUUAGGGACAGAGUUCACCUGCAAACUUCAUCAGAGUCAAAUGCUGCCUGGGUAAAGCAUGUUUUACCUCUGUGA